AUUACGAUAAAAGAAAUAUCUAAUAAUGAUAAUGAAGCUAGAUCUAGUUGUUUCCAGCAAUAUGCAUCACCAUUGAUGAAUAGUGAUAAAAUUGAAAGUGCUGCAUUUAACUGAAAGUCAAUGUGCCUGAAAUUCAUUAAUUUGUUUUAUAUAAGACUUACAAAGCAAUACCUUAAAAAACAAAAAUGAUAAAAAAAACAUUGGCAAAAAGGCUCUCAGCUGGCGGUACCUGAUAAAUUACAAGUGAUAUAUAGAGACAAGUUUUACAAAAGUUUUACAAGUUAACAAAAGAAUUCCAUGCAUGUGUUCAGAUAUGUUAUCUUUAAAGAGUGCUUUAUGCAUGCAUCUAUUUCUUAAUAUAAGGCUUUUCUAAAAAUUCAAAAAAUAUCAUGCCAUAACAUUCAAGAAAAUAUAUUUGUGCAGCAUUCAAGUUCAAAGACGAUAAAGUGGACUUCCUAAUUAUGUAUUGUGCCCUUACUUUAUUAAAAAUAUUUUGUUUAUUUAUAUUUUAUUAAUUAAGAAAA